CUACAGCGAAAACCCAUUGGCUGCCAAAACGCGUCAUUUCAAGGCUCUGUACUGAUUGGACGUUGUCAGUCCCAACCCGGAAGUGAGCUAAAGAAGUCAAGAUGGGAACUCGUCUGAAGGUCCUCAACACGUUUAAAGCGCUGCACAGAACAAGGACAGCUGUGUUCAAAGACGAUGCCAGAGCCCUGUCAGCUGCAAGAAUAAAGAUCAACGAGGAGUUUAGGAAGAACAAAGAUGAAACGUCAGAAGAAAACAUUGUGAAGAUGAUUAAAAUGGGCUCCGACGUGGAAGCUGUUCUUCGCGAGACAGUGAUGCAGAUGGAACAUGUUGGAGAGAAGAAACUCUUGCUUCGACCUAGGGAGAGUCUUCUACUAGAAAAUGUACCCUAUUGUGACCAGCCCAGGAGAAAGUCAUGAGAGACCAUCUCUUUGCAUCUUUUUCGCUAUGUAGUACCCAUAAACAAGGAGCAUUUUAAAGAUCAUCGCUGUAUGGACAAAUGGCCUGUUUUGAUUCACUGAAGAUCUCUGCUGUUCUGUUUUAAGAAGUCUCCGCUAUAAACGUGAUCUUGUCAUUAGCAGUGCAGCAUUUUGUCAAAUGUAAUUUAAAUGUAUUUUCCUUUUAAUUUUGGAGUUUUGUGCCUGCUUGUGAUUAAACUUAACUAGGAGGGGGAGGUGUAACUUUUAAAAUAUUUGAUGGUGUUCUGAUUAAAGAGCAGUGUUGACUAUC